AUGAACCUGGCUGACAAGAGCUUUUGCAUACACAUCCAGUAUAGAUCUGUGCUAUCACGAUUCUUCAUUGAGGAAUAUGUGGAUGGAGAACACUUCUUGCACUAUGACAGUGAGAAAGACCAAGCAGAACCCCGUGGUCCAUGGGCAGAAGGCUGCCUGAGAAAUAAGACCUGGAAUACCCAGACCAAAGACUUGAACGACAUGGGGAAGACUCUCAGAAUGAUUGUGGCAGAUUUCUUGGAGCUGGACCAUCAGAAAAGAGAUUUGCAUUCCUUCCAGGAGAUGCGAGGCUGUGAGAUCAUGAAAGACAACACCACCAGGGCCUUCCGAGAAUUCUAUUUUGAUGGAGAGCACUUUUUAUCCUACAAACCGGGGACUCAGAAAUUCAUGGUGCUCAGUUCCUCAUCCCAGGCCUGGGCUCUGAAAAUCAAGGAGUCCUGGGAUAAAGAUGAGAAUAAACACAAGGAUUACAAUUACCAAGUGAAAGUGGACACUUGUAAAAGGCUGCGGAACCUGGCCUCCUGCAGAGACUUCACAGAGAAAACAGUGUCCCCAGUGGUGAAUGUGAACCACAGUGACAUCACGGAGGACAAUGUCACCCUGAUGUGCUGCACUUCCUGUUUUUAUCCCCGGAAUAUCUCACUGACCUGGCUGCAGGAUGGGAACCCUCUGAGCCUGGACUCCCAGUCCCGUGGGUCUGUCCUGCCUCGUGCAAAUGGAACCUAUGAGACCUGCAUGUCCGUAAAGGUUCCCCAAGGAAAGGAACAGAUGUACAGCUGCUGCCUUGUGGAACACAAUGGGAAGAACAGUACACACCCAGUGGCCGUUGGCUGCUGCUGGCCCUGCACCUGGCUGGGCUGCUUCAACAGCAGGAACAUGGACCAGAAUUUGGUUGCCCUCUGA